CAAAACUGAAGGCACACACCACACAACCACGGCGGCAGAGCAGACCAACGGCGCCCACAAGGUUGUUUUCCCUUUUAUUUCCAACUUCGCAGAAAAUUACAGAUCGAUCCCUCCCUCUGCUCACGGCGUCAGCCCGAAGGAACGUCCAAUAAAUGGCAGCAGCGACUUCAUUUCCCCGGAGAUAGCGUUGCAAAGUCCAAACCCAAAAAAGAAAAUAAAAUCGACGCGCAAGGCCAAAAUUCCACACACAGAGGAAGAAAAAGCCAUGGAGAGAUCGGGAACGACGAAAUCAUCUCCUUCCGAAUCAGCUCAGCAGCGCAAUUCCUUCUUCGAGUACGCCCUCUCCAAAUCCACCGGCCACCCGCCGCCUUCCUCCAACCACCACCACCUUCACCGCCAUCCCGACGACAGCAUACUGGAUCUCGACGACGAGCCGGCCCCAUCUUCUCCUUCCGCCUUCGUCUCUGUCAGCAUCCCCAUACACCGGAUCCCAGACCACCACAUCCGGCACAGCCGGCGGCCGUCCACGGGGCUCUCCCCAAUCGGCUCUCCCAAAUCUAUCUCUGCUUUCUUCUCCGAAUCGGGCUGCCACCUGGACCUUGUGGCGGCGGCGCGUAGGGAACACGAGCUCUGCGGUACGGCGGAGGAGAAGAAGGAGUUCAAGGGGAGGUGGGUGCCGAUGUUACUGAACCGGCUGAGGGAGCUGACGGAGAUGGAGGGCAAGAGCACGGUAGGGGUGGAGAUCGCCGACACGAUCGAUUUCUUGAAGACGCUGUACGGCUCGGAGUCGGUGUUGAAGGAGAUUGGUGAGAUCAGCGACAAGAGCCGGCAAGGGGUGAUAAGGCUGCAGGAAGGGCUGUUGCUGGUUGACAAGGCCAAAGAGCAGCUUCGAUCUGCUCUCCAGAAGAAGCUUUUCUCCGCUGAUUGAAUCUGUAAAUCAAAACUUCGAAGUUUUGGUUUUGAGAUGAAUGAAUUCUAUCUAGUAAAUGUAAUUUUUUUUUGGCUUUGCUUGGCUGCUUUUAAUUCUCUGUAAUUGUUUCGAGGGAAGGACGACUGGAUUAUCAAUAUUGUGAUGUUUGUUCAUUGUGAUAAUUGUUUGAGACUAAUGAUGUUAGGGUUGAAGUUUAGUACCGGUAUUUUGGAUAUUAUCGAAUAUCGUACUGAAUUUGUUGAUAUUUGUUAUUAUUGAAUGUACCUAUAAUUUUUUGGACAUUGAGACUGAAAUUCAAGUGUUAUUAGGAAUUACGGGAUUGAGAUCGGUAUAUAUAUCGAAAUACCGAUCAAUACCAAAACUAAAAUAGUGUGUAGUUUAUCCCUCUCACACAUACUCUGACGCUCACUACUACCAUACCAUCAACCACCAAGAUGGUUAUACUCUGACGUUGUCAAACUCGCAACGUUGCUAAACUCACGGCAUCGCAACAUAUUGCGAUGUUGUUUAGCUCGCGACAUCAUUAACCUCGCGAUAUUAUUUGACCUCAAAACGUCGCGAAGCUAAAUGAUAUCGCGAAUUCAAUAAUGCUACGAGCUAAACUAUGUCGCAAAGCCAAUGAUGUCGCAGAGUGAGUCAUAAUGGUGAUGAAUUUGACAAAGUUGCGAUGAAGCAAUGUCAUCCAACCAGUUGAGCGGUGUUGCGAGGUUGGCGACCCUCCGAGUUCAACGAGGUCAUGGGGUUAAGCAAUGAUGUUGUUUUGCCUAGGUAGUAUCGUCAUGACAUUUUUUUUUUUGAACCGCGAAUCGCUUCUCACUAAUGAACAAAGCUUCAAGGAAAACAACGCGUCACAUGAAUGUUGUUUAGGCAAAGACGUGGCAGGAUUACUUGGCCUCUACGUUGAUGGUUUGGCCACAAGGUGUUUCAGCCGGGUCCAGAUCGGGUAAGUAACUGAUGGGUCAGUAACCCCCUUCCCUGGUCCCCACGUGUCAGUCACUUUUUUAUUUAAAUUAAAUGUGAAAGGGCAGUACGGUAAAAUCGCACUUACUCCUAUUUAUUACUGACCCUAACUUUUGACCGGACCACAUCAGCGCCUCCUUCUCUCUCCUCGCAAAAUAUUUAAUUUUCAUUCCCUUAAUCUUUCACGGAAGAUUUCUCGCUCGUUUUAAGUCAAAUUUUUUUUUUUGCACAAUUAGAUCAGAUUAAUUGUGCUCUUCAAAAUGAUGCCCACUUUGAUAUUUUUUGGACACAAAAAAUUUUGUCAGUUAUUACCAGUCUAUACCAUAUGUUACACAUGAUUUCUCGCUCGUUUUAAGUCAAUUUUUUUUUGCACAAUUAGAUCAGAUUAAUUGUGCUCUUCAAAAUGAUAUCCACUUUGAUAUUUUUUGGACACAAAAAAUUUUGUCAAUUAUUACCAGUCUAUACCAUAUGUUACACAUAUGGUAAUGACUGUACCAUAUGGUAUUGACUAGUAUUAAAUAAGAGCAUACCAU